AUGGCUGUCACAGAUGUUCCUGCUGUCCAAACCCUCUCAGAAGAGACGCCAUUGUUGAGAGAAGAUGAAAGGCAGGGUCUCGACGAUGAUGGAAGUGAAGAGACGUUGGCGGACACAGGCGACGAGGAGGAAUUGCGGGACCCGGAUAGAGCGAACCAGCAUGUGGGGAGAAGGAGAGGAUUGCUAAUUAUUUUGAGUGUUUGGGCUUUGAUAUUCCUGCAAGCUUCAAACAUGUCCGGUAUCACUACAACACAGUCGAAAAUCGCGGAAGAUCUAGAUGCUUUCUCUGAAGCUUCUUGGUUUACUUCUGCGUAUCUAAUAGCCAUGUCGAGUUGCUCGCCAUUGGCUGCAAGGCUUGCUCAGACCUUUUCUCCUCGAAACUGUAUCUUUGUUGCAUCCCUACUCUUCUCUACGGGAGGACUCGUUACAUCACAAGCUCCAAACCUAACAGUCUUCCUGGUAGGUAGAGCGAUCAGUGGAGUCGGCGGUGCUGGCAUCAUGACCAUCUCAUUCAUCUUGGUCCUGGAGCUAUCGGGGAAGAAAAGGAGAGGUUUGUUCAUUGGACUCGUUAACUCGGGCUUUACAACCGGCGUGUCACUGGGAGCCGUAAUUGCUGGUGCCUUGGUAAAUGGGAUGGGAUGGAGGUUUCUCUUUUGGAUACAAACCCCCCUGGCUGUUAUUGCUGGCAUUGGGAUAUUCCUCAGUAUUCCUAAAUCUUUCACGUCAGGAUACAAACAAGGAGGAGAGCAAUCCGUAGCUACUAAGCUGGCUAAGAUCGAUUACCUAGGUGCUGUUACACUGACUGCAUCAUUAUGCCUUUUCCUCUUCGGCCUCUCUUUCCCAAAAAUCAUCUGGACCCCAAUAGUCAUCUCCGCCAUCCUUCUACCAGCUUUCAUUCUGAUCGAACUUUACGUUGCUGCCGAUCCCAUUAUCCCCGUCACGGUUCUCAAAUCCCGUGGCGCGCUCCUCACUUGUGUCGCGCAGCUGGGUGUCAUGAUAUCAAGAUGGAUGGUCCUCUUUUAUACACCCGCAUAUGCAAUUGCCGUCCGCGGCUGGUCUCCCGCUUCAGCAGGAUCGAUUCUGAUUCCUACUAAUGCGGGCUUUGCGCUGGGGGGUAUGUUAGCAGGUGGAUUACAUAUCAAACGUGCGGGUUCAUUUUGGCUAGCUGCCAUAGUAUGCUUCGUCUUCUUCGGCUGCACCCUAGCCCUACUCUCCCAAAUCUCCAACCCCGAUACCCCAGCGGCGUUGUACCUCCUCUCCGUCUUCGUCAACGGGUUCAGCAUGGGCGCUGCGCUGAACUACACCCUCGCUCACCUGCUGCACCUAACCCCACCAUCCACACACUUCAUGUCCACAUCUCUGCUGACCACAUUCCGAGGCUUUGCCGGUUCAUUCGGCUCCGCGAUUGGCGGCGGGCUCUUCGUGCGUGUGCUGAAAGCGAAUUUGGAAGAGGGGCUCGAGCAGCAUGGUGGGUUGGAGGGGAGAGAAGAUCUGGUGAGGCGUUUGUUGGGGAGCCCGGCGCUGGUGAAGAGCUUGGAGGGGGCAGAGCGUGCGGUUGCGGUGACUGGGUAUGUCGUAGCGGUCAAGUCACUAUUCAUUGCUGGUACCGCAUUGGUGGUAAUUAUGGUUUUUGUGCAGGCGGGGACGGGGUGGAAGGCGGGGGUGGAGGGGAAAGGUGAGACGGAGGAGAAUGUGGUUGGCAAUGGAAGGGGUGUUGAAGAUGAGGAGUGGGAAGAGGGAAUGGAGCAGGGUGUUUAG